AUUUUUAAACGCAGUUGUAUCGCAGUUUUCGUGUGAAAUGUAUGCGAUCGUGGAACGAUAUUACAAGAUUAAUAGAAUUAGUCUUACGAUGCUUGGGUUAUGGCCCUAUCAGCAAUCAUAUCUUACGCAAAUACAACAAAUUUUGUUUGCUAGUAUUCUUUUAGCAUUUAUGCUUGCUCAGUUGCUGGUAUUUAUUACAAGACAAUAUAAUGCGGAACUUUUGUUCAUGAAUCUGUCUUUGAUUUUUCCUACUGUUUUAGUUACUAUGCUAUAUUUAUUUUUUACCGUUAAGAUAAAUAGUGUGAAACUAUUAUUGGAGCAAAUUCAAGAUGACUGUAAUUUGUUAAAGGAUAAAUUAGAAAUUGAUAUUCUAGAAAAAUAUGCUAGCAACUUUGGAUUUUUUAUACAAAUUACGAUGGCGCUUUGUUAUUUUGGUGCAUUUAGUUUCGGAAUAUUACAAUAUCUACCGUUAAUUCUUGACGUAAUAUUACCAAGCAACAAAUCACAACCUCUUCAGCUUUUUGUCUAUACGGAAUACCUUAUCAAUCCAAAUAAAUAUAUUCACUUUAUGAUUUUACAUGAGUGGUUAACCAUCUGUAUAGGACUGACUACAGUAGGCAGUUCUGGUUUAACAUGUUUAGUAUAUGUAGCCCAUUUAUGUAUGUUACUUAAAAUUGCAAGGUAAUAUGAAAUGCGUUUGUUGUUCAUUAUUGAGCUUUUUGCUUCAAUCCUGAUGUACAUUAGUAAAUUCAUGCAGUUAUCGAAUAGAAAAUGUUACUGAGAAUAUGUUAGCGAUCUCUAAUCCUAGAAGAGAACACCUCCUUCACCAAAGGGUUGUACAUGCAGUUAUUAUACAUCAAAGAGCUAUUGAGUUAGUAUGUUUAUAAUUUUGUUACAAAAUUUUUUCAAAAAUAUAUUUACCUUGUUUACCGAGUGCAUACACAGAACAUUUAUUAUCUGUUACAUCUAUUAUAAGAUUAAAUAAGUUUAUUAUUUAGAAUUCACAGCUUAUUGAUAUAUCUUGAAAUUAAAUGCAAUCUAAACUACAAAUUGAAUGAAAUUUUAAAUCAAUCGAUACUUGAAAUUUAAACUAAUAUUAAAUAUUUGUAAUUAAUUUCAUAAUUUUCUUUUUUAACAAUAUUUCUGUAGAUAUCGUCAUCUAAGGUACAAAAUUUGAUAAAUGUUAAAUGUUGAAUUAAAUACUUAUUGAUAGCAAUAAAUGUGGUAUUAAAAUAUUCUUUUACAUUAUUUGAAUAGAAUCUUUAUAAAUAUAUGAUAAAACUUAAUACAAUAUUUAGAUUAUUAAUGUAAUGCAUUACGCAUUAAAAUUCUUUCAUCACUUUUAAUCAGUCGAAAAAAAUUGAUGAAAUUUAUAUAUAUAUAUAUAUAUAUAUAUAACUCUUCAUAAAAUGAUUACAGAGCUAUGUGUCUGGUACUUUAAAAAGUUUAAAACUUAAAAUCUCUGUUUUAGAACACUGUUAAAUAUUUUUUUGGUAAUAAUUAUUACGUAUUGUAUAUGGUACCACUUUCAAGUCAGUCACAAAAUCAACUUCGAAAUUAUAUGCUACAAAAAAGAUUUUUUUUGUAACUUUGUUUUAAAUAAUUUUAAAAUUUAAAGAUUCUUUUUUAAAAUAUGUGCAUAAUCUCAAAAUUGAUGAUUUUUUGUAAAUAUUUUGCAAUUGACUUGGAUGUGGCGCCAUCUUCAAGCUUCAAAAUGUUUUUAAGGACAUUGUUCUAUGUCCUAGAAUUAUUUUUUAUGUUCUAAUAAUUAUUUUAUGAAAAAUACAUACAUUUUGAUUUCACUAACUUUUUGAUGGAUUCGACAUGAUGUUUUAAUUUUGAUGUAAUACAAUGCCAGUUAAUAUUCACCUUCUCAUUAAAGGUAUCAUAAAUUUAUCAUGUCUGUAUAUCUGGUACCAUCCGGUAUUCUGUUCGUAAUUAUGAUUAUUGGUCUCAUUGUAGCUCUUUUUAGAGUAAGUGAUAUUUUUUCUAUUUUGUUUAAUUUAAUUUUAAAUUGUUUCUUAAGUAACAAUUUAUUACAGUGUUCUCUACAAUUCUCUACAUCAAAUGAUAAAAGUAUGAUACUUAUAAACGUUGGAUUAAUAUCAGUAUAUUUAAUUUAUUUAUUCACCCUUAAUUAUUGCGGACAAAUAUUAAUCGAUAAUGGAUUAAACUUUUUCGAAGCCACGUAAGCAUUAUUUUUAUAUAGAUUGUGACUAAAUCUAUUAACAUUAUUCUCUACACCCUAUUUAAACGGAUAUUGUAUUUAUUGUUCAAAUAUAUUUUUAAAUAUGCAAUUACUUUAAUGCUAAUUUGCAAAAUAUCUUUGAUUUUUUGAUUAGUUAGAAUAAAAUUUAUUUUUAAAAAUUGUAGUUAUAAUGGAUUAUGGUAUGCAGCACCAUUAUCUAUACAAAAAUUGUUAUUAUUUGUAAUGCAAAGAGGAAGAAUACCCCUUACUUUAACGUAUUACGAUUUAAUUACUUCAUCCAUUGAUGGCUUUGCUACGGUAAAAUUAAAAUUUCACUGACAAAUAGGAAAGAAUUAAUUUUUAAUGUUCGUAUAACGUAUAAAAUAAUAUUCACUUUUUAGGUUUUAAAAGCGGUAGUAUCGUACUUCAUGGUGCUUAAUUCUACGCAAAAAUAGUGAGCCAAAAAGAAAAAUAAUUAGUUAGAUUUGUCAAACUAAUAUAGUUGUGUAACACAAAUACAUAGAAAAUUUGUUGAAUAUAUGUGGUUAGAGUCACAA